AUGUCUGGCCUUGAAGCUUUCAGUCUUGCCUGCAAUAUCAUGACAGUAAUCACCUUUGCCUUGGAUACUGCGAAGGUAUGUCGCACCAUCCGCGAAACCGGCAGUUCCGAUAAAUAUCUCCAAGAAAACACUGACGACAUCGAACGUACUUUGAACGAUGUGCAUCGCCUGCUGCAACAACAACCGACCGCCCCAACAAAAGCUGAGAUUAAUCUACGAAAUCUCGCUACGAAGUGCAUGAAAUACAAUGAAGACAUUCAGAAGGAGCUGAAAUACAUUUCUCCCAAAGAUUCUACACGCCGCGCGGCCAUUAAUUCUACUUUCAAAACUAUCAAGCGAAGGUCUCACAUUGAGGAGCUCAAAAGUCAUCUGGAAGCCGCACAGAAAACUAUGGAUUCGGCUCUCAGCGUCCAGAUAUUAGACGAGUGUAUGAAGUCUAAAGCCUUGAACCUUGUUACAUACAGCACCCUUGAUCAGCAGCAUAAAGACUUCCUCGCCAACUACAAGCAGGUUCAGGGCAUCUUUGCCGAGUUCGACGCAACUAAAGAGAGUCAAGCCUACGAGACAUUACUCAAAAGUCUGAGAUAUAAAAAUAUGAAUGAUCGAAAGAAUAGCAUUCCACAGAGACACAAAGAAACUUUUGAAUGGAUAUUUGAAAACCUUGGUGACAACUCUGAAGAUGCAACCACGCCUGAUAUCACGACAACCGAGGUGGUGAUCAUACCAUAUGAACACGAAAAAGACACCAAAAACUCAGACAGUCACCCUGAUCUAGUUGAAUGGCUCCGGACAGAUGCCAAUUUUCUGUACUGGGUUAGUGGAAAACCUGGAUCUGGCAAAAGUACAUUCAUGAAGUUCAUAGAACAGGAUCAGCGGACAAAGAAAGCCUUGGAAAGCUGGUAUCCACAGUGCAACAUCAUCUCUCACUUUCUCUGGAAGCCUGGGACAGAUGAACAGCAGAGCUUAAGGGGACUGCUUUGCUCUUUACUACAUCAGGUUUUGGCCAAUGAGAGGCCUAUUGCUAUUCAGCUUUUGGCCAAAACGCCAACCCUCAGCCACAAGCGGUUUGUGACUGACUGGGAUAUACAUGAUUUAACGGAGCUCCUCUUUCGAGUCUUAGACAGCUCGUCUUGCGCAAAUCUUGUUCUUUUGGACGGGCUAGAUGAACUUUCUGAGCCCCAUGGAGGGGUUAACAAGCUAUUUCACCUGUUGAACCGAUUUGUGGCAGCGGAUAGAGUAAAGCUUUGUGUUUCUAGUCGCCCUGAGCCUCGUUUCGGGAUCAAGUUUGCUUCAAAUCCUUCAAUACGCAUGCAGGAUUUAACGCGUUCGGAUAUCCGCAAAUACACCGCCGACUUUCUCAAAGACCUACAGCUUAGUCCUGAGGAUGAGCUAUAUGAGAAGAUUCAACAACAAAUUGGGGAUAAAGCGGAGGGCGUUUUCAUCUGGGUUUAUCUCGUCCUAAGGAAUGUCAAAAGCGGGAUCGAAGAUUACGCUGAAAGUUGGGACGACAUAUACCACCGUAUCGUCAAGCUUCCCCCGGAUCUGAUGGCUCUUUACAAAGAUAUGUGGUCUAGAUUGUCUGGCAAUAACGAGAAAUACAUCAAGAAAGCAGCGCGAUACUUCCAGUAUGUUCGCAGUGGACCCUUUGAGUCCAGCAUUGCCUUUCUUUCUCUAAUAGCAAAUGAUGAAAAAUUGGAAGCUCUUGCAGCACCUGACGAGUCUCCUUGUGCCGAUGAUUUGAUUGAAAUUUGUGAAGCGACCUUCAAAACAUUGUUGCCAGUUGCCGCCGGACUCUUAGAGGCCGGAAACGUAAACUUGGGCAAAUCACCUGAUUUUCGGUCUGAAAGUGAGCGCAAAGUUUAUAAGUGGGAGUCCUUGGACGUGCAAUUCAUACACAGAACUGCUAGCGACUUUGUAGAGAGUGCAGAAGGGAAGGAGCUUUUUGCAAGGUACACACUAAACCCGGAGGGCUGGUCCUUAUUAGGCAUCAAAGCUGAGAUAACCCUUCGUUCUGCGACGCGCUAUCAGAACUGGCCUCUGUUUCACACGUGGUUUGCCAUAAACGUAACAUACGAUAGAUUAUUAUGUGAGCAUUCCCAUAUUUUGCCCCUGGUCCACCAAUACGCCUUGAACGAAUCUCGAGGGCUCGUCCGACCACCAUACUCGAUAAGUUACCAGAACUUCUUCCUCUUUGAAGCCUCGUACUUUGGAUUCCACAAAGAUGUUGUUCACAUUCUAGAAUCGUCGGAGAGCCGCGAUUCGCUUGCUUCAGUUUAUGUUGUGAUCGGGGCAUGCUGCGAGCUCCGGAAAACUUCAUUCAAUCGGUACGGAAUGAUCCGAGAUCAGUUGAAAAUAUACUUGAGGUUUGGCAAUGAAGCUCUGGGCCCGCCUGUUGUUCGGGCUGCAUUUGAUGUGUUGAUGAUCGCUUGGCGUUGCUUUCUGCUACACGAAAUAUCACGGCAGAAGAUAGGACGAAAAGCGAACGGCGAUGAAAAGCCGAUAAUUAAAGAAAUUUUGGAAAUCUUUAUCAAGGCUGGUGUGAUGGCCGAGUCACCAGGGGCCAAAUACUUGAUUGCGGCACAAACUGGCAGGUUGAAGAUUGUGAAAGAUCCCGCUGAUCAACAGUCAAAACUCGGCUACAAAUGCAGAUCACCUCAACGACCCAGGUAUGGAUCGGCGAUAUACACAGAGGUCAACGAUGCAUUCCUCCUACAACUACUGUCGAGCAUGAUUCCUGGAACAUCGGAACUCAUACACACUCAUGUAAGGGGUGCCUUCAUGCAACCAAUUUUGGCCAACAACGGCAUGAGGGGAGCGAACAAUGGCUUCAAUUUCUUCAAGUUAACAACCGAUGCGGAGGGACAAGAAUCCUCAAAAGACUGGAUUUUUGGUGGGGAGCUUCGUUUUGAUGAUGAUCUCUUUGCCGACAAACAACCUGACUAUCUUCAAGUGACAGAUAUAGGGGGGUUUUCAGAUACAGUCGACGCCCUAGAGAAAAUUAACUAUGAAUUCCCGGCAGUGAAUAGAGGAUAUGACUGUCUGCAUACUUGGAUUAAUUGA